AUUUAUUUCGUUCGUCUCACUUCACAUACAUCUUUGUGCUCAAUUGCUAUUAUUUUGAAUUUCAUUUUUAUCUAACAAGGAGACGUUUAGCGGAUUUGGAUCAAUGGCGCCUAUAGGUGUUCGAUUGCAAAUUGAAGAUCACCAUGUUGUGAUUGAUAACGGUAUACUGCAAGUAACAUUAUCGAACCCUGAGGGUAUGGUCACGGGCAUACGAUACAACGGACUUGAUAAUGUGCUUGAGGAUCGUAACGACGAAACCAACAGAGGGUACUGGGACGUUGUUUGGAGUGCUUUAGAUGGGUCCGGGAGAACGGGAGUUUUCGAAGUGAUUAAGUCAGCAAGUUUCAAGGUUAUUGUGGAAACUGAGGAACUAGUUGAGGUUUCCUUUUCUAGGCCAUGGGAUCCGUCUCUAAAAGGAAAAUUUGUUCCUUUAAACAUAGACAAAAGAUUCAUUUUGCUUCGUGGUUGCUCCGGUUUCUACACUUACGCCAUUUACGAACACAUGGGUUCACAAGAAUGGCAAGCAUUUAGUCUUGGUGAAACAAGAGUUGCAUUCAAGCUCACAAAAGACAAGUUUCGAUAUAUGGCGGUGGCCGAUGAUAGGAGAAGAUACAUGCCAUUGCCAGACGACCGUCAACCAGAAAGAGGCCAACCCCUUGCAUAUCCGGAAGCCGUUUUGUUGGUCAAUCCAGUUGAACCUGAGUUCACAGGAGAGGUGGAUGACAAAUACCAGUAUACUUGCGAGAAUAGAAAUCUUAAGGUGCAUGGAUGGAUAUCAAAUGACCCCUCAAUAGGGUUUUGGCAAAUCACACCAAGUGAUGAGUUUCGAACAGGUGGGCCCCUUAAACAAAAUCUUUGUUCUCAUGUUGGGCCCACUUGUCUAGCGGUUUUUGUUGGUGCACACUAUGCCGGGGAUGAUUUAGUUCCAAAAUUUGGGCAAGGCGAGCCAUGGAAGAAGGUUUUUGGACCCGUUUUUAUAUAUCUAAACUCAGUGAUGGAUGGACAAGACCCUCUUACACUUUGGGACGAUGCAAAAAGACAGAUGACGGUUGAAACAAGCGGUUGGCCUUACAGUUUUCCGGCAUCCGAGGAUUUUCCUAAAUCAAAUCAAAGAGGCAUGGUUUACGGAAAAUUACUAGUUCGUGAUAGAUUUGUAAAUAGUAAUGAUAUGCCAAUCAAUGGGGCAUAUGUUGGUUUAGCUCCACUAGGAGAAGUUGGAUCAUGGCAAAGAGAAUGCAAGGAUUAUCAAUUUUGGACUACGACAGAUGAGAAUGGAUUUUUUUCUAUUAACAAUAUUAGAACCGGGAACUAUAACUUAUAUGCUUUGGUCUACGGAUUUAUUGGUGACUACCGAAAUGACAGUUCUAUAACCGUAACUCCAGGUUGUAAUAUUAAUGUUGGUACACUCGUCUACGAGCCGCCAAGAAAUGGUCCUACACUGUGGGAGAUAGGGAUCCCUGAUCGCUCGGCUGCAGAAUUUUACGUCCCAGAUCCUAACCCUCUAUUCGUGAACAAGCUCUUUAUUGAUCAACCUCAAAACAAAUUUAGGCAAUAUGGUUUGUGGGAAAGGUAUGGAGAGUUGUACCCUGAAGGAGACUUGAUAUACACAAUUGGAGAGAGUGACUAUAGCAAAGACUGGUUUUAUGCUCAAGUUCCAAGAAAAAAAGAAGAUAAUUCGUAUGAAGGAACAACAUGGCAGAUCAAGUUCAAGCUAGAAAAUGUCAAACCGAGUGCAACUUAUAAACUACGAAUAGCGCUGGCUGGGGCAUCUCUAGCGGAACUACAGGUUCGGAUAAAUGAUCGAAAUAAAGCUCGUCCUCUCUUUACAACCGGACUUAUAGGACGUGAUAAUGCAAUUCCAAGGCAUGGGAUACACGGGCUAUAUUGGUUGUACAAUGUAGAUGUUGCGGGUUCUCUACUCUUAGAAGGAGAUAACAUCUUUUAUUUUACACAAACACGAUCUCAAAGUCCAUUUCAAGCUAUCAUGUAUGAUUAUAUUCGGUUAGAAGGUCCAACACAGGAACUGUAGUUUAAAUUGUUUACAAUAUGGUGUUUAACUCAGAAUGUUGUUUUUCAAUAAAAUAAUGUUUCUAUUAGAAUAUAUAAACUUAAUUAUAUUUG